CUGUUACAUUCCUACCAAAUAACAACCUCCUUCUUCUCGCAUCCUCAGCUGGUGAUAUUUAAUAUUUUUUCUCUCUCUCUGGGGAAAAAUAACAAACACGGAAAAAGCACAAAACGCAACCACAAAAGACGCGUCUUUACCAAGCAGAUUCUUUCUGCGUCACGCUAUUAUUCUCAUAUCCCAUUCUUUCCUCUUUAUAAAGCCACACCCAACCCUGAUUGUGUGGCUUCACUUCAUUGCUCCUUUUGCUUCAUCCUUCUCUUUAGGUUUUUAGGGGGUUUUGGCCUUUUGGGUUCUCUCUAAAGACGCUCAUAGAAACAGUGUCGUCCUUAUGGCUGAGGAAAGUGUUGCUGUGUCCAAUGAUUUGCCUGUCAAGAGACCUAGAGAAGAUGAAGAGAAUGGGGUCUCUCCUACCACUGUCGCUAUGGAGACAGAGGGUAACACUGACAACAACAACAGUAAUAAUGAUUAUAUAUCCUCUGUUAUUCCUGGUUGGUUCUCUGAGAUUAGCCCAAUGUGGCCUGGAGAGGCACACUCCUUAAAAGUGGAGAAGAUCUUAUUUCAAGGGAAGUCUGAUUACCAGAAUGUCAUGGUCUUUCAGUCAUCAACAUAUGGAAAGGUUCUUGUUUUGGAUGGGGUGAUUCAACUCACAGAGAGGGAUGAAUGCGCAUAUCAAGAAAUGAUUACUCACCUCCCACUCUGCUCAAUUCCAAACCCAAAGAAGGUUUUGGUUAUUGGUGGAGGAGAUGGUGGAGUCUUGCGGGAAGUGGCUCGGCAUUCAUCUGUUGAACAGAUUGUCAUAUGUGAAAUAGAUAAGAUGGUUGUUGAUGUUUCUAAAGAAUUUUUCCCUGAUAUAGCAGUUGGGUAUGAGGAUCCUCGAGUGACACUCCAUGUUGGUGAUGGAGUUGCUUUUUUAAAGGAUGUUCCUGCAGGAACAUAUGAUGCAAUUAUAGUAGAUUCUUCUGACCCAAUAGGUCCUGCACAAGAGCUUUUUGAGAAACCAUUUUUUGAGUCAGUAGCAAAGGCUCUUCGCCCUGGAGGGGUUGUGUGUACUCAGGCAGAAAGUAUAUGGCUUCAUAUGAACAUCAUUGAGGAGAUUGUUGCAAACUGCCGUCAAAUCUUCAAAGGCUCUGUCAACUAUGCGUGGACAACUGUUCCGACUUAUCCAAGUGGGGUAAUAGGUUUCAUGCUUUGCUCUACUGAGGGACCUGAAGUUGAUUUCAAGCAUCCAGUGAAUCCCAUAGAUGCUAAUGAUAGCAAAUCAAAGAGACCUCUGAAAUUUUACAAUCCAGAGAUUCAUACAGCUGCCUUCUGUUUGCCAUCUUUUGCAAAGAAGGUGAUUGAUUCAAAAGCUAAAUGAAGGAAUUUUGAAGAAAACUGAAGGAGCAGCAGUAAAAACUUUGCUGUAGAGUGUCCAGCCUUCACUAUUACCAACAUAGUCAUUCCAUCUGGCAUUGAGCCAUGGAAUAAGUUGAGGUUUUUAAGUUAUUUUCAGAGUUCGUUUUAUUACGAAGAGCUGGUACUUUUAUUCUUGUUUAUGAGAUCUUUCUCCAUUCCUUAUAAUUAGAAAGAGUAUGCAAAUUUUUUAAAAAGGAAUUCGACGACCUUAAAAUUUCCUUGGAUUCAA